AAGGCUGGAGAGGGGGACACAGGAACAGUGGAUGUUGCAACUGUGUGAUCUGUCCCGUUUUCACCGGGACCCGUGUCGGUGGUGAGCCGUUGUGGGAGUGUCGCACGCACGCGAGGAUAGUUUGCCCUGGAUUUUUCAAUCAUCUGCGAGAUAAGGUUCCUGGACCUCCUCCUCCUCGUCGUCGUCGUCGUCGUCGACGCUACCCUCCCUUCCUCAUCCUCCCGGUUUUUUCUUCCUCUCCUAACGGUACCUCCGUAAUUUUGUCGCGGUCUGCACGCGCGGUAGAGGCUCGCGCUCACCGCGGGAAGACUGAACACAGCGCGCGCGAGGCCCCCGACCCCCUCCCCCACUCUCAAACCCCGUCAGAUCAUCUCCUCACCUCCCUUCUCAUUUUUUCCUUAAUUUUUUUUCCUCAGAGAAGUUGAAUUGUGAGACUAUUUGAUUUUUACCCGCCUUUUUACAACGGCCACUCGAACCGAGUGAUAUUUUCUUGUUUGAGUGGAGAUGACUUUAGAGUCGAUGAUGGCCUGCUGCCUGAGCGAAGAGGCCAAGGAGUCGAAACGAAUCAACGCCGAGAUCGAAAGGGAGCUCCGUCGAGACAAACGCAACGCUAGACGGGAGUUGAAGCUGCUUCUGCUCGGCACGGGUGAGAGCGGCAAGAGUACGUUCAUCAAACAGAUGCGUAUCAUCCAUGGCACCGGGUACACAGAAGAAGACAAACGUGGUUUCACCAAGCUAGUGUACCAGAAUAUCUUCACCUCCAUGCAGUCGAUGAUCCGCGCCACAGAGAACCUGAAAAUCGGCUUCAAGUAUGAGCAGAACAAGGCAAACGCCAUGCUGGUGAAGGAGGUGGACAUUGAGAAAGUGUCGUCAUUCGACCAGCCCUACAUUAGUGCCAUUAAGAUGCUGUGGACAGAUCCAGGCAUUCAAGAGGCCUACGACAGACGCCGAGAGUACCAGCUGUCAGACUCCACAAAAUACUAUCUAACUGAUCUGGAUCGUAUCGCCGAGUCCUCCUACCUUCCCACCCAGCAGGAUGUUCUGAGGGUUCGAAUCCCGACCACAGGGAUUAUUGAAUACCCGUUCGACCUUCAAAGCAUCAUUUUCAGGAUGGUUGAUGUAGGAGGUCAGAGGUCAGAACGCAGGAAGUGGAUCCACUGUUUUGAGAAUGUGACCUCCAUCAUGUUCCUGGUGGCUCUGAGCGAGUACGAUCAGGUUCUGGUGGAAUCGGACAACGAGAAUCGUAUGGAGGAGAGCAAAGCUCUGUUCAGGACGAUAAUCACAUAUCCAUGGUUCCAAAACUCUUCUGUCAUCCUCUUCCUCAACAAGAAGGACCUGCUGGAGGAGAAGAUCUCCUACUCCCACCUGGUCGACUAUUUCCCAGAGUUUGAUGGGCCCCAAAGGGAUGCCCAGGCUGCACGGGAGUUCAUCCUAAAGAUGUUUGUGGAUCUGAACCCUGACAGCGACAAGAUCAUCUACUCGCAUUUCACCUGCGCCACUGACACGGAGAACAUCCGCUUCGUGUUUGCGGCGGUGAAAGACACCAUCCUGCAGUUAAACCUGAAGGAAUACAACCUGGUGUGAGAAGUGCAACGAGUCCGACACAUGAAUCAGCAUAGAACAGGCACCCACAGAGCGUGUGCACACCUACGUCCACACACACACACAUACACACACACAUGCAUCAUGUACUAUUUCAGAAACACAGAUCUUUUGAUUUCUCUUUCCCAGCUUCCAGAGUUUUUCUCUUUCUGUCCAGUGGAAUUAUUACGGACGUAUCCUGCUCGUCAUUUGUUUUUGAUUUGUUUGCCAAAGUCUGUCCGCUCAUCCCCGGCAGCUCUCGUCAAAGGCAUC